AUCUACAGGAUACAGCAAUGGAAGCUUGGUCAGUGGAUCAGGUCUGCCGUUGGUUGGUGGAGAAAAACUUAGCAGAGCUAGUUCAUAGAUUUCAAGAGGAAGAAGUAAGCGGGGCUGCUCUUCUAGCACUUAAUGAUCGGAUGGUCCAGCAACUGGUAAAGAAAAUUGGACACCAGGCUGUUCUGAUGGAUUUAAUUAAAAAAUAUAAGCAGGAGAGUCAAGGACUGAAGUCUCCUGGAAGUCCUAGAGAAACAGCCCUGGUCACACAAGCAGAAGCAGCCCCAGAUGACAGGGAUGAACAGUCCUCCAGUCCAGCCAACCGUGGGCAGCAGACACCAUCUUUCUAUCCAGCCAAAAACCUUGAUGAUGGACUAAUUGACCAAAGAGUACUGAAACAGAGAAGGAAUGUGAAACAUAUUCUUGCAAGGAAUAAAACAUUACAAUGGACUAAGUCUUAUGUUUUACCGGAGUUUCCCUAUGAUGUCAAAUGCCUGUUAGCAGAACAGAAGUGCCCUGAUCACAGCAUGAGGAUACGGAUCAUUGAGUUUCUCCAGGCCGACAUGACUAAGUAUCUGGAAGGCUCGCUAUAUCCCACCACCCAGCAGUAUAAUGAUGUGGUCAACGCCCUGCUCCAGGCCCACCCUUUCCUGGACGAGGAUGGCUGUGGCUUUACAGCUAAUAAGGAGAGAAGGGAGAGGCUGGGAGGAAGAAAUUGGCAAUGUAAAAAUCUCCUAGCAAUUGAUUGCUAUAACACCUCCCACCAGUUUUUAUGGAAACGAGCCCUCAAGGACCGCUUUAAAUAUGUUCGAAGACCCAUAGAAGAUGACGAACAAGUGAUAAGAAAUAAGUGUAAAUUUGGACACCGAAGAGGCCAGACAAGGAAAUCUCUUGCUGAUAUAAGAUUUGAUGAAAUUAAAAUUGUCCAGAUAAAAGACGAAGCUGUUUGUUUAGAUGCUGAGGUAGAUGAACAUAUUAGCUGGUUCCAGCAAGAAUAUGUGAAAACAGACAAGGAUUGGAGAGAAAUCGAUAAGAGGAUGAGCCAGACUUUGGAAAUCAGAAGAAAGUUGAUUGGGAGCAGAACGCCUCUGAAGGACAUUCUUAAAAUGUUUCCUUUCCUGAAGUGCCCUUAUCAGAUGUUUAGAGAAUUCCAACUUCUUACAAGAACAGAUAUCUAUAAGAAAACAAGGCACAUUUUGGAAUCCUAUUCAGAAAAUAUACUGACUUCUCUUUCAGUGGUGGACAAUCCAAUCCAUAUCGCAUUGCAAGAAAAAAUGAAACAGCACACAGAUGAAGACGUGUUGAAACAUAUGAAGAUGACAGCCACAUGUUUACUCCUACCAGAUGUUUUUGGGGAUGAUCCCAGCCUUUUUGUCAUUAUGAAUGAGAAGGUGCAGGUGUCCACGCCUGUGUUAGAAGUUAAGAACCCUUUCAACAUUGAUGUCUGUGAAUUUUCUUUGUAUUUAGAAAAAGAGAGGCUCACACAAGUGGACGACUGUGUCACGGCCUUGGCUGCUCUCAUAGCUGCCUUUCACGUAUUUGGGAUCGAGUGUCCAAGAAGACUGUCCCAAACCCUCAACUUUCUAGAGACACUGAUUUUUGAUAUGCACAGUCCCUAUUUUCCUUCUGUGAAUGAAAAGGAAAAGCAAGUAGGAUUUCAACAACCAGUCACUUAAUGAUCACGCCAAAUAU